UCCUGGGCCAUUGUGGUUUUGGAACAGACGCUGGAUGACUCACACAGGUAGAUGGCUCCUGAUUGGUUCUGACAUCCAACCAAUUUCCUCCUCUGUGUUCCAGGUUAUCUGAACUCACCUGAAGCAGUCGACUCACAAAGCACACCUGAACCAUCUCAGUCUAGCUCAGACCAGAACCAGGACCAGGAUCACCUGAAACACCAGGACUCACCUCAGAACCUCAGGACUGUCAGAGCCAGACCCACCUGAAGGACCAGCUGAAACAGAAACCAUUAGAACCAUGACGGUGUCCUCAGUCCUGCUCGUCCUUCUGCAAGUGUGCAGCCUCCACCUGAUGGUGGUUGCCAUGCCGACCUGUAAACUGGAGGGGAACCUGAUUCAGUUGGCCCACAACCUACUCAGAGACCUGGGGACGUUUCCUGCCCACUGCCUGCCGUAUAACGCCAACAUCACCUUCCCACCCUCCGUCUUCCCUGCGGUCACAACCAAUAAACCUCAGUGCCGCCAAGCAUCGUGGGUGGUGUAUGAAUCACUGCAGGGGGCGGGGCAGAUUUUUGAGGAUUAUGACGUACCUGUCGGAGAGGGCGGAGUCACCUGGGACGACCAGAAACUCGCUAAGUUCCAACACCUGCAGGAGCGACUGCUGGAUCAGGGCAGCUGUUUGUCCAGCGUUAACGGUUCAGAGGUUGUGUCUUCGUACUUCAGUCAUUUGACGGCGGCUCUGCAGCAGCAGGAUAGCUCAGCCUGUGGAUGGAUGGCUCUGUGGAGAGAUCUGCUCAGGGUCCUGAAGUUCGCCCUGCAGAAGCACUACCACACCUGUUUCACCUGGAGACGCCACGCCCACUGAGGAAAGACGCCACGCCCAC